AUGCCUCAUGAACUCAGCCACAGCCACUGCCGCAGCCACUGCCACUGCCACUGCCGCAGCCACAGCCACAGCCGCAGCCACAGCCACAGCCACUGCCGCAGCCACUGCCACUGCCACUGCCGCAGCCACUGCCGCAGCCACAGCCACAGCCACUGCCGCAGCCACAGCCACUGCCACAGCCACAGCUACUGUCGCAGCCAAAGCCACUGCCGCAGCCACUGCCACUGCCACAGCCACUGCCGCUGCCGCAGCCACUGCCGCAGCCACAGCCACAGCCACUGCCGCAGCCACAAUCACUGCCGCAGCCACAGCCACAGCCACUGCCGCAGCCACAGCCGCAGCCACAGCCACUGCCGCAGCCACAGCCACUGCCGCAGCCACAGCCACUGCCGCAGCCACAGCCACUGCCGCAGCCACUGCCGCAGCCACAGCCACUGCCGCAGCCACAGCCACUGCCGCAGCCACAGCCACUGCCGCAGCCACUGCCACUGCCACAGCCACUGCCACUGCCGCAGCCGCAGCCACUGCCGCAGCCACAGCCACUGCCGCAGCCACUGCCACUGCCACAGCCACUGCCACUGCCGCAGCCACUGCCGCAGCCACUGCCACUGCCACAGCCACUGCCACUGCCGCAGCCACUGCCGCAGCCACUGCCGCAGCCACUGCCACUGCCGCAGCCACAGCCACUGCCGCAGCCGCAGCCACUGCCGCAGCCGCAGCCACUGCCGCAGCCACUGCCACUGCCGCAGCCGCAGCCACUGCCGCAGCCACUGCCACUGCCGCAGCCACAGCCACUGCCGCAGCCACUGCCACUGCCACAGCCACUGCCGCAGCCACAGCCGCUAUCAGAGCCACAGCCGCAACCGCAGCCACCGCUCUUCUGGUCCUGACCUCUUUGACGUCGUGUAG